AGUUCCUGCCCAUACAAAUAAGUUGACAGAUAAGCCUAUCAAACUGUACCUGAUUUGAGCAAACUUCGCCAAGACGGCAGGGUUGAAGUGCAGCAACAUGACUCUGUCUUCUAGGCAGAAUAAACACAGAGACGAAGAUUUGCAAUAAUACCUUACCCAUCGUGGGAAGGAAAGGUUGUUCUCCUGUCCGGCUAACUGCAAGUAAUACCUGACCUGUGUACUUUCGUAUUAUAUCGUUUCUGAUAGAGUCAGAAGUGAACAUAUAAACAUUGAUCAAGCUAGCAUAAAUGAUUAUGGUUUAUACUAAUAAUGAUUAUAAAAUAAAAGGGAGAUUCAAAGUCCAAAAAGCUAAUGGGGGAUGGCAAUUUAAUUCACUUAAGCAAGCACAAACAGGGAGCUUUCUCACAAUCUCACCCAAAGAAGAUCCUUAGCAGCAAGAAUUCCCCCUUGUCACAAAGCAAGGUAUCACGGGAUUACUUCAUCAUUGGCAUCCUCGAAUUCACCACCAUUCAUCAUCUUCAUUACCUACAGCCAUGGAGAAGGCUGCUGGAGCAUCCCUUGCUUCUAUACUCAAAGGAUAUAUGCUUCUACUUUCAUUGUCUCUCAUCCAAGGAAUACAAGGAAUUGGGGUUAACUAUGGCACGGUAGCAAAUAAUCUUCCACCACCACCUCAAGUUGCAAAGUUCCUCUCAGAAUCCACCAUCAUCAACCGUGUGAGACUCUUCGAUGCUAACCCAGAAAUUUUACGAGCAUUUGCUCAUACGGGGAUUGAAAUUUCCAUUACAGUCCCAAAUGAUCAAAUCCCCCACCUGACUAACCUAACAUUUGCCCAACAAUGGCUGAACACCAGUGUGCAACCUUUCGUGGCCGAUACCAACCUCAUCCGAAUCCUAGUUGGCAACGAAGUCAUAUCCACAGCAAACAAACUCCUAAUCAGCAACCUUGUUCCCGCCAUGCAAACUCUUCACACAGCCCUCGCCGGAUCCUCCCUAGACAACCGCAUAAAAAUAUCGACGCCGAACUCGUUAGGCAUAUUGUCGAACUCCAGCCCCCCUUCCACCAGUAGAUUCCGGCAAGGCUACGACACUCAUGUGAUUAAACCGAUGCUUAGUUUUCUAGAGGCCACCGAUUCCCCCUUCAUGGUUAACCCUUACCCGUUCUUCGGUUGCACCGCCGAAACGCUAGAUUACGCACUUUUCCGGGGGAACCCCGGAGAGGUGGAUCAAAACACUGGGCUUCGAUACACGAACAUGUUAGAUGCGCAACUCGAUGCUGUUUACUCGGCCCUGAAGGAUCUGGGCUUUGAGAACCUUGAGAUUGUUAUUGCAGAAACGGGCUGGCCCACAUUAGGCGAAGCCCAACAAAUAGGUGUCGACCCAAGUUCUGCUGCUGCGUUUAACGGAAACCUUGUUCGCCACGUGUCUUCUGGGGAGGGAACGCCUCUCAUGCCAAACAGGACAUUCGAUGCGUACAUAUUUGCGCUUUUCGAUGAAAAUCUUAAGCCCGGCCCAAUUUGUGAGAGGAACUUUGGGCUAUUUAGGCCCAACAUGACACCCUCCUACGACAUUGGGCUUAUGAAGAAAACAGUAACAGUAACGACCUCGGCAGGCUCGGUGUUCAUUUCCAAUAGGCCAAAUCUAGGCCCAUUAAGAGCCCAUGUGAGAAGCCACAGUUGGGUCUGCCCAAAACAGAGGCAAGCCCAGGAUUAUAUUUGUGGGCCGAUUCAAGAAGGUGGGGAUUGCGUCGCAACAGAUCCUACCGUCAGAUUCAGAUCUCAUGCUGCGUCCACCAUUGAUACUGGUGAUCAAGCAAGGAGAAGGAACGAAUACGAUUGCGAUUUUGAAGGAACUGGAUCCAUAACCACCGUCGAUCCAAGGGAGUAUUUGGUGGGACAAACGAGGAAUGAAACAGAAAUUAGCUGGGGGCUUAUGGCUAUUGGCUUCUGA